AAAGCUAUCUCUCUCACUACUUCUCUACAAACUGAUCAUCUCUCCUUUCUCCGGUGACUAAAUUCCGCCGCCGGCGACUUUAAUUCUUCUCUCCGGCCACCUCCAACUCCACUUUAAUCGACCUUCCCUCCUUCUCUAUUUCCAUUUUCUUCAUUAAUUUCUCUGCUGUGAUGAUGGGUGUGAACACCCGAUGUUCCCACACUUCACACAUAACCGCCAUCAUCGUCACUAGCUUCUUUCGUCAUAAGUUCUAAACAUCUUCUGAAUCAAAUUUUUUAAGGGUGAAAUCUCAAAUUAUGGCAGCUUGAAAAGAGAUAACCUUAAUCUCAUCUGGGUUUCAUCAGCUAUGGCCGGUCGAAGAACGGUUUAUGGCGGCGGAGGAGGAGGUGGAGGACUGAAUUCCGAUGUUAUUUUGCUUCAAAACCAAAGGGUUCCUCUAAUUCUGUCUUCUUCAUCAUCUUUCCUAGGUUCAAGAUCUAUGGUUAGCUUUGAGGAUACAAGAGUAGGAAACAAACCAUUGUUCUGUUCUACGUUUGAUCAAGAAAACAAUAUGGAAGAAGAUGAAGAAGAAGAUCAAAUGGAUGAUCAGUAUUUCCAUCAACCUGAAAAGAAGAGACGUUUGACACCGAACCAAGUUCAAUUUCUUGAGAAAAGCUUUGAAUUGGAGAACAAACUUGAACCCGAAAGGAAGAUUCAACUUGCCAAGAAUCUAGGAUUACAGCCUAGACAAGUGGCCAUAUGGUUUCAAAACCGUCGUGCUAGAUGGAAGACAAAACAUCUUGAGAAAGAUUAUGAAGGUCUUCAAUCCAACUAUAAUAGCCUCAAGGUUAAUUAUGAUAAUCUUCUUAAAGAAAGAGAUAAACUCAAAGAUGAGGUAUCUCAGCUUACAGACAAGCUGAUGAUCAAACAGGAUUCUUCGGAUCUUCCCUCGAUAAUAAAGAGUGAUUCUUCAUAUGUGUUUGAAGCUGAUCAGUCAGAUCUGUCUCUAGAAGAAGAAACAGAUAAACAACAAGAACAAGAACAAGAACAAGAACAAGCCUAUGUUUUACCAGAGAAGAUUGAAGAAACUGAUUACUCAGAUGACACUUGUUCUAAUAUCCCAUGUUAUUUUACAUUCCCAGAUGAAGAACAAGCAUUUGGGUUUUGGUCAUAUUGAUCAAUCUUUCAUGGAUGUUGUAGUAGUAAUAGUUUGCUAUAUUAUUAAGACAUACAAAUAAGGCCCUUUUUGGCCAAAUCUAUUGUUAUGUAAAAUCUUGUUUUGUUUUUGUUGAGAAACCAAUUGAGAUGUAUAAUCAAAUGGGUUUUGAGAUUAUGUUAUGAUAAUAGUGUGAAUAAGAAGACCCUUUUUUUAUCUUAUUGAAAGGAAUAUCUCUUUGUUCUUC